GAAACUUCCUAUGUUUUCAGUAGACCAGUAUUUAACCGGCCUCGGACAGUAAGUGUUUGUGAUGUGUGUGGCAAAUGCAAAUAGAAAGAAAUCAAGCAACAUGCGUUUGAAGUCCUCGGACGGACCUUUACAGGUCGUCCAUAAUGGCAACAGCGCACUUUUGAACUCCCCAAAAAGAAUCAACACAGUUCAGAACAGUAAUUAUAACCAGAAUACCCAAGAUAUCGGCACAACUUUUUAUAACGAUAGUACCAACAAUGACACUGAAAAUAUUACGAAGAAAAUCCAGCAGCUUACCAUUGAGGAUGUGGCUGCACUAACAAACGGACAUAACGAUACACAGGAGUUGCGAUGGUGCAACUCCAACCUCACUACAGACACCGACACGCAAGAUCAACCACAACUCAACUUUCAACGUCAGUUGGCGUUGAGCAACAUCGCCAACAACCGCAUCAACAUCAACAGCAAUCUGGCUGCGCGGCUACGCUUUCGGGCUCAGAAUGCCCAGAACGCGCCCCCGUACAAGGACGAUCGGAUGCCUCAGUCGCCAGAUGAUGCUCUCAUUGAUGAAGAUGAUGCACAUCAAAGCUGCAGUUCGUCUGUUUCAGCUUCGCCUCAGGACGAAGACAGGACAUUUGAUCCUUCCGAUUCUGGGGAUUCUUCUGACGAGGGAAACGACUACUCACGUACCCCGAUCGACAUUCGUCCAGAAAAACCCAAAAGUUUCGUAAACCCAAAUUAUCCAGGAUUUCAACAUCUCGCGCACACUCUCGAUUUCGACGAUGAGACUUUGAAUAACGCCAACAAUAACAACAAUGAAGAAUUCCAACCCGGCGAUAAAUUUGACAGCGUCAACCGUUUGGACAGCGUGGAAAAUAUCCAGAAAGUCUUCCAUGACAAAUCUCUGGAUAUCGAGGUCGCAGAUACACGUCCGACCGCACCCGAAGUCGAUCGGGAAUCUCCAAAUGGUAGUUGCAGCACCAACUGCGACUCUGGCAGCGAAUGUGGUGCCAAUAGCGACGACAGCGGUGAAACCGUAAACGAGGACUUCAAUAUACGGCUUGAGGAGAAGAAAGUGUUUGAUAGUGUAGUUCAGUCGGUGGUUAACGUUGAGAUUCGAGACGAACCAGAUAAGAAAGUUAAUAAAGAAUGUGAUUCGGUUAUCGGAGAGACAACAGCAGAUAAUGUUGGUGAUGUGGUUAAAAGUGAUGAUGAAAAUAGUGUUGAUGUCGGUGGGAAUGCAAACGCUAAAGUAGACUCGGCGUUCAUUUGCAGUGUUGUCGGUGAUUUUAGAAAGGAGGUGGAGGAUGAAAUCGGCAGGAUGUGUAAAACAGAAUGUCUUAAGGACUCGUACAAAACUGACAUCCAAGAAGCGGUGGAAAAACUUCAAGUUAUUCCAAACUUCAAACCAGAACUUGCAAGCUGUAAUAUUGAAGCAAACAUCAAUGAAAAAACCAACCAAAAUAUAUCUCCCUGUAUAAAACACUCACAGGUUCUAGAUGAUACCCGAUUAAUAAAAUCUAGUAAUCAAAUGUGUACAGAUGAAACAGAUAUGAAGGAUGAGGCAAAAUUAACAGAUAGAAACACGAAAACAGAAUCCAAAAAAGAAUUACAAAAAAUGGAUGUAGACCAUGUUAUCCAGACGAGCACUGUUUCGCCAAAACUCUUCCCAAUAUCUCAAUCAAAUCAAAACUUAAACCUACGCGAAAGAGGCACUAUUAAAAACAUUCCAUCCUUCCUUCCACUAAACCAAGCAAAAGUAAAAGAGGCUCUAUCCAUUCUGUCGCCUAUCGAAAACAAAAUGGCAGAUGCCACUCUGUCCAGCUGCAGGGAGAGCAUAUCGAAAAUCGUCGUUGAAAAACCGACACAGGCUAAGCCGGCAAGCGUGUCGUCUAUCAGAAAAGCUGACGUCGAUGCGGACUGCAGAUCGGAAAAUGCAAAUUGCAAAUUGAUGGAAGUCGACAACGGAUCGAAAAAAGUGGAUUUGGGACGUAGGGACUCCAACAGGGAACUGGAAGAGAUUGAGAUUCAGAUCAAAAAGAUUAAAUCGGACACCCUGUGUCAUAUGGACGAGGAAGUCAAGUUGAGACUAGAAGCUAAUGAAAAUCAUAUGAAGGAGGAUGACAACGUUUCUGUAGUGAGAAGAAAUCCCGUAAAAAUGAAUCCUUACAUAAAGAAACGAAGAGACUACAAUCAACAGUUUGGAAGUCUAAUAACGUUUCCUAAGAAGGAAGUUAUCAAAAGAGAUCCUUUAAAUAGAAGAUCGGUGCCUAUGGCGAAAGAAAGGAAGAAAACAACAAAUUCAGAAUCGUUGGGGGGAUUCGAUGUUUACAAUAUCGAAACCGCGAUGCCAAAUAUCGACCUGGAGGCGAUCGAGUGCCAUCUGCGAGCCGCCAGGGAGGAAGAACGUAGGAGAAGAACAGAUCGGGAGGAAAUUCGAAGAAGACUGGCUAUGGGAGCUGAGGAUGACUACUAUACAGAUAGACCAGGAAGAAAGCCUAGUUUACAAGCACGAUUACAAAGUGGUAUGAAUCUUCAGAUAUGUUUCAUGAACGAGACGGUGUCGGACAAUGAGAGUCCUACUUCAGAUAAUGAAUGUCCACUUACCAAUCCUAAGCAGCAGAAAACCAAACAAAACUCGAAUGUAAAUCAUGCUUUGACAAAUGUCCCUGCACCUGUCCAAAGGCCUGCAACACUAUCUUUACAUCCAGCUCCACCACCACAAAUAGGUGCUGCUACAUCUGAGACAGACUUUUUUACUAAGCAAGCUAGGCUACAAACGGAGGCAAGAAUGGCAUUGGCACAAGCCAAAGAAAUGGCAAGGAUGCAAAUGGAGAUUGAAAGACAAAAACAGAAAAAAUCUCCCAUCACCGAAAUGGUACGUCACAGUUUGGAGAAGGUAGGCAUUCCAUUUCCUGAGGAGAAACGCCGACUAUCCAGACAAAUCCUGACCGAAAUGAACGUGGCGCAACUACAAGUUAUUGUUAACGAUUUGCACACUCAAAUAGAAACACUCAAUGAACAGUUGGUGAAGUUCUUGAUGGACAGGGACGACCUGCACAUGGAACAGGAUUCAAUGUUGGUUGAUAUUGAAGAUCUGACUAGAUACCUGGGAGCCAAAGAGCAGGUUUUGAAGGAGCAGCAUCUGACGUCUACACCGCAAAACAAUAACUUACUACCGCCCCCCUCGCCCGCACCCUCUUCGCCCUUGGCCGCCCUUAAUAGCACAGUAAGGCCUCACCUUAACAGGAUAGCAAGCCUAGUUAAAAAGUAGCCACGUACUUAGUAAGGGUUAGAUUGGGUGGUUGACGGUAUCACAUACAUCACUCUCACUACAUUUUGGCAUUUGUGGUUAUGAAUUUUUCGAAUGAUCUGAUUAGUGUUGUAAGGAUGAUUUAAUAGAAAUGGGUAAUAUUGGUACUUUGGCUAUGCAUAUAAGUGUUUGUUCAGUGUAGAGAAAUGUCACAAAAAUUUAUAUUUUUUUAUUCAGUAAAAACACAUGUUUUAAUAAUUAAACGAAGUAAGGUUUUUGAAUAAACUGAUUUAAUUGUCCUUUAUAGAACUGAAAUCAAAAACAUAUACAAUAUUGGCAAAAGACAGUCUUGGGUCGGUAUUUACAUGUCUAGAAUCUAAAAGUGAAUCGGUAUGACGUUCUUGUAAGUUGGAGAGAGAAAAUGCGAAGUAUUUAUUACAUAACCACUUAAUCGGGCGCUUUGUUUCAUGCGCUUGGGAAAAUAUUUACUUUUCUCUCUUUGUUCGGUACAUCUUAUUAUUGAGUGUAUUGACUGUACUCUUCGUAUCGGCACCCAAAGCCAGAUCUUGCCAAUCCUGUAUAUUUCAGUUCUAUUAUAAAUAUGCCAAAGUACUAAUUUUACUUUUAGUGCAUUCCAUUGGGUAAAUUAGGCAACUUACAUUAUAAUUUAAGAAUGUGUAACUAUGUCGUGUUAUAGCAUAAAUAUGUAAAAGAAAUAUACAGGAUGUCCCAAUAUUCCGUGGACAUAGAACUACUACGUAUUUUUGAAAUCAAAAUAAGUUCAUUGGUUAAUUAAUCGCUAUACAAAAGUACUUUGCUUAUCCGCUAGAGGGCGUCAAACUGAUAUAAUCAAAUAAACAUAUAUUCUCGGAUAUCUUAAGAACUGUUAUUCCGAUUUGAAUGAAAUUUUGGGUGUCAGUGUUUUGAUAAGCGUUUUAACAUUUGACUGUCACAAGAACCAAGAAAAAAUACAGGAAGGGUGACACACCCCCACCCCUACAUAAAUUUUUGUAUAAAUCUUUUUCAACUCCACCAACAACAGAUUUUCUUUUCGUAAAAUGGUCUCUCUAGUAUAUACUACAUUUUUUGUCUCUUGUAAAAAAACGCCACAUCG